UAAACUCCAAAAGUUAUGAAUUCUCAAAAUUCGGUAACUCUUCUACAACAAACAAAGAGCUUCAAUUUCCUCGGGGAAAAAAAGAGUUCAGCAUUCACAUUCGCAAGAGUUGAUUUUCCUGAGCCGCUGUCCUCCGAGAAGCUAGGCGCCGCCGGCUGCAUCUCCGUCGGCCGUCGCCGCCUAAACCAAGAUCCACCAGACCUUACCUGUCCCCUGCCUAGGCUCUCCCGCUUCCGAUCCAUGGAGGAGGCGGAUAAAGGGGAGGUCUUCGAGAGGAACAACAAGUCGAGGCUGGACAGCCAUCCGGGGACGCCGGCGGGGACGGCCACGGCCUGCCGGCUCACCGACGACCUCAUCCUGGAGAUCCUCUCCCGCAUCCCCGCCAGAUCCCUCCACCGCUUCAAGUGCGUCUCCGUGCGCUGGCGCGACCUCAUCGCCGACCCCGCCAACCGCAAGAAGCUGCCCCAGACCCUCGCCGGCUUCCUCUACACGACCACCGCCGGCCGGAAUCGCCACCACUUCGCCAGCGUCUCCUGCGGCGCAGCCCCGUUCGACCCUUCCCUCCCUUACCUGCAGCCUAGCAAGUACAAGGACAUGGCUCAGGUGGACUCCUGCAAUGGCCUCCUUCUCUACCUAAGCUCCAGCAAGAACAUGGUGAACCCUUGGGCUUUGGAAGAGGAUGAUUUCCGUUUUGUUGUGUGCAAUCCGGCCACUGGGAGGUGGGUGGAGCUGCCCCCUCAACCGCAGGCGCCGGCAGACAGAUUUAGAUAUAACUGUAUGGCAGGCCUGGCUUUUGAUCCGGCAGUCUCAUCCCAUUUCCACGUUUUUUGUUUCGAGGAGACCACCGUGGAAACGUACAUGACAGGAGUGAACAUCUACUCGUCACGAACAGGGGCCUGGAGUCGCAGAGAUGGUGGGAUUGUUGAGAAAGUGGCGCUGUUCUUCUAUAGUAAGGGUGUCUUUCUCGGCGGUAUGAUGUACGUGAUUGGCAACCCGAAGGGCAUCAGCAACGAGCAUGUGCUCUUGGGGAUUGACAUGCAAGGUAAAGUGCGGAAGACUAUCCCUAUGCCGUACGGUCGAAGAUUUGGUACGAUUGGAUCGUCGCAGGGGUGCUUACUCUAUGCUGUAUCUUCCGUCGAUGAUAACAAUAAAAUCCUAGUUUCUGAGAUAGAACUCUGGUGCCUCAAGGAUUGUGACAGUAAAGAAAUGGUUCUGAAGCAUACUGCCAGCAUCGAUGAGCUUAUGAGCAUGACUGGGGAGAAGUACAGGGUGGUUGGGAUUCAUCCAGAUUGCGACACCAUUUUCCUGGUUUCACAUGGAGGUGAUACCUUGGUAGCGUACGAUAUGCAACAUCAGAAAGUUGGUUGUAUCAUUAAUCUUGAGAAGAAUACUCAACGAUUUCUACCUUAUGUUCCUCUGUUCUCGGAGUCAUUAGCAGAUGGAGAUGGGCGGUAGUGUUACCUUCAAACCACGCUUGUGCUUCCUCCAAUAAUUGGCUCUUCUGCCUGCUGAAGUACUUGUUUGUGUACCUCUGAAUCUGCUUGAAUCAUGCCGCUCAAUUUGCUGGUGCUUACACUCCUGCUUGGUUGAUUUUCAGUUCAGAGCAAUGCCUGGUAAACCUAGCACAGGUUGUUACCCCUGUUCUUGUUUAACAGGUUGUUGUUCUGGACAUGUAUUAGUUCCAUGUGGCUAAAUUAUACUUUAAUCGCUCUUCCUUUCCAUAACAAUCAGUUAUUAUGGUUAUCCUAAAUCCUAUUGCAGAUUUUGAACCUGGUAGUGUAGUGAAAGGGUCAAUCAGAGUGGUUACUAGUGCAAAUGUCUAGUUGACAUUAUUCAUUCAGUAUUUUGAUAAAACACUGCCUUUGAGCAAGUUCUUUUUAUGUAUGUUCGCUGUAGCUAAUGAAUUCAGUGGAGCUUUGGAUCUGUUAAUCACAGAGAAAUUGCAUCUAUGUCAAUGAAAUCAAAUUAUAGUGCGUACUCUUGUACAAAUAGCAGCGUGCAGGUGAAAGAAAUGAGUACACCAGAGUUUUACUGACGGUGGUAACAACAAUUUUAUAUAGAUUUAGCUUCAUACACGAUAUUAGUUUGUGAACACGACUGAUGGCCACCAUAAAUAAGAUCUCUUGGUGUGGUUGAUUGCUUUGGCUGUGUUGCUACCCUGUUUGAGUCGGCUCAACCAGCGUUGUUUCUGUGUAUGUUUGUGAUGUGGCGAUUCCUGAUUCUUGAAUGUUCUUUUUAGGACUCUGGAAUCCAUUUUAUUCCAAGAAAACCUCCGAGCUGCUCCAGAACUGAUGAUGUAUUUAUUUUAAAAUUGGCAUGGAAUGAGUCAGACGUGUCACGCGUGUAACAGUUUUAUAUUCAUAUAAAGAGCCGGCUUGAAUCCCAACUAGUAUCAUACAUAAUCUUGGUCUAGUGAUUUUUGUUUUGUCCCUACCUGUAUAGAUCAUUCAUAAUCUUGGUCUAGUGAUUUUUAUUUUAUCCCUACCUGUAUAGAUCAUACAUAAUCUUGGUCUAGCGAUUUUUGUUUUAUCUCUACCUGUAUAGAUCAUACAUAAUCUUGGACUAGAGAUUUUUGUUUACCUGUAUAUCUUCAGUUCCUUGGAUUGGAUCCAAAGUGAAGUCCCGUAUCCUUCUCUUUACAGAUAGCAUCGGUGAAUUAAUUAACCAAGAACAGAAGGUGUCUUUCCGGAGACCUUCCCUACAUCAAAUGGCAGCAAAGAUUCAACAAGAGUGGUAGCUACAGAAUGGAAGCUGGGAAAACUGCUCGUCAUAUAUAUGUCAACUUUUUGCACGCGGCAACAAAAAAGGCAGAUGGGCACCUCUUUUCAGGUGCCUGGGAAGAACAUGGCACACUCCAGGUUCUGAUUAUCUCGAUCAUGACCGGAAGUUCAGGAAGGAAUGCUAAGAUUCAGGCUGUGUCUUUGAUUUAGUACAACUUUGUACUAAAUCAGAUGCACUUAUUUUGGGAUGGAGGGAGUAUCCUGCUUGCUUACUUAACCUCAUUAUAAACCCGUAGGUAUUAAAAUUUGUAGGUUACGUAGCUAACGUUUUAAACCUGUGUGCAUAAACUGGAAUUGGACGGGAACUGAUACAAUUCUUCAAGCCUGAAAGUGGAUCUCUGUUCUCAGUUUUAUUUUAUUUUUUACUUUUGGGGAGAAUCUUGCCAAGUGAAAGCUUGUACGAUCUAUUUGUUCCUGUAUGUGAACUUUUUUUUUUCUUGAAUUCUGCUAUCAUCUCCCGGCUGGGUUCAGUUUGAACAUGGCCUGGAACUCAGAAAUAAGCACGUCCCCUUUUCCAUUCAAGAUGGCCGACAAAGCAGCUGAAGCAGACAGAUAACAAGAGAAUGUUAUGCACCAGAGAUAUCUGAUUGAGUUUUACAGGAGAUGCUGCUUCGUGGACAAGCUCAAUGUUUGUCUGUCAACAUGGCUGAGUGGCCACCGGAAAUAAGGACUCUUGGUGUGGUUGGUUGCAGGUGAGGAAUGUGGACAUGUUCGAUGGAGUGACCAUCUUGUUGUGUAUGAGAAGGUUAAGGAUGAUCAUGUCCUUGAAGGCACCGAAAUCCAGCUCGUCUAUUGCUUCGCUACACUCAUCAACCCGGUGAAUCAGUAUGAUUUAUCCCCUUUUUUUUCCUUAUAUGUACAUGCAUGGUGGUGAUACCUGUAUAAUCUGGUUUUGUGAUGCAAAAGAUCAUGGAUCUUUGGGCUGCAAUUUUAAAUUUUCGGAGAAAGAAUUUGGAAGUGGGGUUAAUUAAGAUGUGCAAUGGAAAACCUUAUCUUUAUUCCCACA